AUGUUUACCCCCAUUUUGAAAUAUGCCCUGGUGCUGGUCUACAAUUUAUUUGCUUACCUCUCAAUAUUGGCUGUUGUAUAAUAUCAAAAGUGGAGUUUGGUUGAACCUGACGCAAAGAAAAUUAUAAUGGCAUUUGGAAUUAUGAUUUUUGGUUAUGACAUCAAUGGGGUUUUGACAGAGAUAAGAGUUGAAAUUGAGGAUACUUUAUCAUUUAAGAAACUUUUCUUUAUGGCAAUGUUUUUAGAAACUAUACUCUACUUAUUAUUCGGAAUUACAAGCUCAUUAUUGUUUAAAUCAGAAACUGAUCAAUCAAUCAUUACAAACUUUCAGGAAGAAUUCAAAGGAAAUUAUCCAAUAGAUAUCACUCUUUCAAUAUUAAUGAUUUGA